UGCUUGACUUAAAUGACACACCUGAAAGGAACAGUACUACAUAUUCAAGCUGAAAAUGCUUGGACUGAAAAAGAUAUAACCCUUUUGGAACUAUUACCAGUCAUACCAAUAAGAAUCUGGGAGAAGAAUGGGGAAACAGAUUUGUGAGAACUUCUGAAACAAAAGCAAGGACAUGAAGAUCUUAUUUUUGACUCUGCUAUCGCUUUAUGAGUUAAAUAUAUGUUGUGGUUUUUCCAAUCAAAAUGUUCAAAGCAAAAGAAAAUUUGAAAGGAUAAAGGCAGAAAUUUCCAGUUACAAAGAUGUUGCCAAAUCUAUAAUCGAUCUGGUUGUCAAUGGCAAAGCUCAGAACAGAUCUUAUGAAAGAUUAGGGCUAUUUGUCGAUACUAUAGGUAAUAGGAUAAGCGGUUCUGAAAACCUGAAAAAUGCUAUAGCAUAUAUGUACAAAGCGCUUCAGGAGGACAAGCUAGAUCGUGUUUAUUUAGAGCCAGUGAAGGUGCCACACUGGGAACGUGGCGAAGAGUCUGCUAUGUUGCUGGAACCAAAGAAAAAAAGCCUUGCCAUUCUAGGACUAGGGGGCAGUAUUGGCACUCCAACAGAAGGAAUAUCAGCUGAAGUUAUUGUGGUAUCAUCUUUCGAAGAACUGCACAAUAGAUCCAAGGAAGCGAAAGGGAAGAUUGUUGUUUACAAUGAGCCAUUUGUCAACUACGGGGAAACAGUGCGUUACAGAGGAAGUGGUGCAGUAGAAGCGGCCAAAGUGGGUGCUGUGGCAUCUUUGAUCAGAUCAGUUACUCCUUUAUCUGUUUAUAGCCCUCACACUGGUUGGCAGUGGUAUGAGAAUGAUGUGCCCAAGAUCCCAACGGCCUGCAUUACAGUGGAAGAUGCACAAAUGAUGUCUCGUAUGGCAUCCCGAGGGCAGAAGAUUGUUAUUCAGCUGAAAAUGGGAGCUGUUAAUCAUCCUGACGCAGAUUCCUAUAAUACGGUGGCAGAAAUUGUUGGGAGCAAGUAUCCAGAACAGGUUGUAAUUGUUAGUGGCCAUCUGGACAGCUGGGAUGUUGGGCAAGGAGCCAUGGAUGAUGGUGGAGGAGCCUUUAUAUCAUGGGAAGCGCUGUCUCUUAUUAAAGAUCUUGGUCUCCGACCCAAAAGGACGGUGCGAUUAGUUCUCUGGACUGGAGAAGAACAAGGCGGAGUGGGUGCUAGUCAGUAUUAUGAGUUACACAAGAAAAACAUCUCUAACAUUGACCUUGUGAUGGAGUCGGAUACUGGUACCUUCAUGCCCCUUGGUAUGCAGUUCAGUGGGAAACCAGAAGCACGAGCCAUAAUGACAGAAGUGAUGCAGCUUCUGCAGCCUAUCAACAUAACCAACCUUUAUGACUAUGCUGAAGGGACCGAUAUUAGUUUCUGGAUGCAAGAUGGCGUGCCUGGUGCCAGUCUCUUUGAUGACAUCAGUAAGUAUUUCUGGUUCCAUCAUUCCCAAGGAGACACGAUGACAGUCCAGGAUCCGGUCUGGAUGAACCUCUGCGCCGCUGUUUGGACUGUUGUCUCCUACGUGGUCGCUGACAUGGAUGAGAUGUUACCAAGGUAAUGGAAACCAAGAAAAAAGGAUUUAUCUUUCACUGUGAAAUGUGGAACCACAAAGCCAUUUAGUCGGAUGCACCAAAGGGAAUUCUAAGCAUUUUCCCCCCAUUUUUUUCUUUCCGAUUCUCCAUCAAAUUUGAUUAUUUCUGUUUACUGCUCUCCAGCUGGAAAACCACUCAUCGCUCUCUUCUUUCAUUUGCUUUAUUGUUGAGCGUUAUUGUGUUAUUAAAUUUGCUUUAAAGCUGUGUCUUUCUGCAGAUCCAUUUCUGUUUGAAAUAAAGAUAAUGUUACAUUGCCAA